CUUCACUUGUGUGGAAUAGACCUUUGAACUGUUGAACAUAACUCAAGAUCCUGAGAAUCUUUGCGAAUAUACAAAACUAAACUCCAACUUUGACCUUGGGUACAGAUUACAACUCACGUCACGGAAUCGUAAUGGCCUCUGCAUCCCGCCCUCCAACACAAGGCCAGCUGGCACCCCAUCUUCCGGGGAUCAAAGCAUUCAUUACAGGUCAUAAACGAUCUGAUGGAGCAACAACCAUCCAAGAAGCAAGACCAGCCACAUGGCAAUCGAUUGACCAUGGAGGAAUGGCGUUCAAUGUCCCCUUCACCACAUCCCAGUUCCCAGUAUCAUUGAAUGACGAUGUCGACAUCACCAAGCAUGACGAACUAUUGGGCUCGAAAAAGCUCGGUAUCGUCAAUCCUCGUGGUACAGUGUUGAGAUUUGUAGACUUUGCGCCAGGGUUCGAGUCCAUGAUGCACAGGACUCAGAGCCUCGAUUAUGGCAUUGUGGUCGAAGGUAGCAUUGAACUGAUCCUCGAUUCGGGAGAGAAACAGCUCCUGCAAAGAGGGGAUGUCUGUGUCCAGAGAGGGACGAACCAUGCUUGGAGGAACCCUAGUGCCGACGAGUGGACCAGAGUCGUCUAUAUCCUGCAAGACUGCCAGCCGGUCUUGGUCAAUGGUCAGCCCCUUCGAGAAUAUCUAGGGCGAAGUGAAGGCGAGAUUCCGGCAAGUGGCAACGACUCUUGAGCCGGCAUCGAUAUCGACUGGAAGGCCUAGACUGGAGGAAGAGGGGCUGGAGUCUCAAACACAGUGGUGCAGAGUCGAAUUAACAUCUUGUACCAACUGGGUAAAGGGGAAUAGAUGCCGACCCAUUUCCAGACCAACCAAAAGGUCCAUAGCUCAACGAGCCAGACAUGGCUGUUGAAGUGGCCGUUGUUUGACCACCAAAGCCCCGUAUUUAAAUCCUGAUAAGGAUCGUGCUCUUUGUGAUACUGGAGAUAUCACAACCGUGGAAGUUCACUACCCGUUGACGUGGGCCAGACUCAAUUGUUGUGUUAUCGGCUGGGACACUAGAG